AUGGGGCUUCCGGACGAGAAGCUCGUCGACGCGAGCAAUGUUCCUAGUGGCUUGCGCUGUGCAAUAUGCACAGAAGUUUUCGUGGAUCCCGUGUGUGGGGUCGAAUGCCAACACGUGUUCUGCUCUUCGUGCAUGGGCCGUGCGACAGCUGCGCAAUCCCGCUGUCCGUUAUGCCGAGUGGCCAUUGAUCAGACGCAGCUACGACGAAGCCUUCCCAUCCAAUCGCUCGUUGAUGAUCUGAAGGUCAUGUGCGACUAUAGAAUUUCAGGGUGUGGGUGGACAGGGCGGUUGCAGGAUUGCGCCGCUCACCAGGCCAGAUGCCCUGUGGCAGAGAACGCGAAGUUGACAACACAGCUGAAGCGGGCCAAUGCUCGCUCUGACGAGCUGGCGAAACAGACAAAGAGGUUGACAGAGAAGUUAAGGCUGGCCAAUGCACGGGUUGACAAACUCGAGGCAGAAAAGCUACAAUUGGCAGAAGAGGUUUCGCUCAAGACGAAGCUGUUGGGAAGCGUUAAGCAAGUGUUUGUCCGGGACCCUUCUGACAAGAUCCAUGUAUUGAACGUCAACAUCGACGAAGACAUGUCGGCAGUGCAGCUGCGCAUCUCAUCUUACACAGGCUGGGACUUGAAAUCGUUCUACCUUACUGGCUUUGGUCAGAUCUUGCACCCAGGUAAGACGGGCAGGGAGUAUGGAAUCCGUCCGGACGCGACUCUUUGCAUGAAUGCGCGCUUAACUCGAUAA